ACAGAAGCUUCCUUUAAUCACGUGACUACAGUAAUGUCAGUAUGGAGAGCUACAUACUUAGAGAAUAUAUUUGUUUAACAACUGCAGGAGCAUGCUUUCUUCUCUCUGUUGUCUAUGUUGCAAGUUUGUAUAUAUGGAAGUCUCCACACAGCAGGGACCAUCCAUCCACAAUAAAGAAGAGAUUCCUGAGUGUUUUCAUAAUGAUGUUUAUAUCUCCAUUAUUUUUAUAUUAUUUUUCCCAGGAACAUGUUCUUCAAAAGGCUUCUUUGUGGCAACUGUUGGGUCUGAGAAUGCAUGGUCUGCUCCCUGCUACUGUUAUUCCAGUGUUUCUUACAAUGGUUCUCUUUCUUGGUCCACUCAGCAUGCAGGGCUUCAGUGGAUUAUGGAAAUUGUAUGCUGGUAUGUCUGCUAGAUCAGAGGAACUGGAACCCAUGUACUGGAUGUCAAAUUUAACAAACUUAAUUUGGCUUCGUAACCAUGUGGUGGCACCACUAUCUGAAGAGUUCACCUUCAGAGCCUGCAUGUUGCCUCUACUAUUGCAGUGCUACCGACCAAUGACUGCAGUUUUUGUUUGCCCACUGUUCUUUGGAGUAGCUCAUUUUCAUCAUAUGGUAGAACGAAUGAGAAGUGGUUUAGAUCUCAAAAGGGCUUUAAUGAUAUCAUGUUUUCAGUUUUCAUAUACAACAUUGUUUGGUGCCUAUUCAGCAUUUCUGUUUGCAAAAACUGGUCAUUUUGUGGCACCAUUUGCAGUUCAUGCCUUCUGCAACCACAUGGGAUUCCCAGAUUUUGCAGAGAUUCUAACAUAUAAGGACCCUCAGAGAAUGCUUUUGAUGUCACUAUUUGUUCUUGGAUUGGUGGGCUGGUGUGUUUUGCUUACACCAUUAACAAACCCUACUUGGUAUAGCAAUCACUUGUUCUGGAGGAACCACUGAUAGACAUUCAACUUGGUGUUCUUCCUUGUAUGACAACACUUAGCAUUGUGAAGUCAGACAGUCAGCAUUCUGUGAUUAAUGUUGAAAGGAACAAUUAAUUUAAUAACAUGCUAAUGGAAUUAGUAUAUUCAUGAAGUUAUUUAACCAAGAGCUUAUUGUGACUGUGCCCAUCUCAAAAAAGUAUUAAGUAACAACAAUAAAUAGCUGAUUGAAAGUAUGGAUUAUCUUUCAAAACAAUAAAACAUCAUGCUGUGUCAGACUGUGGUAAUAUAAGGUAUUUGCCAGUAGAUGGUUCUGCCAAUAAUAGGUGUACAUAAUUCGGUCAGUAGGUGGCUCUGCCAGCAGCAUAAUUAAACCAUAAUUGUUUUGUAUAAGAUCACACUAGGAGUGAGUGCACUUUGAUUUAAUGUACAAAAGAAUCUACUGCAAAUGCAUCUCAUACAGUGCCAGUGAGCUACUCAAGAACAGGUUGGAUGUGCUGGAGAAAACAUGUCUGACAAAACUGAGGUUUUAUUAAUAGGUGUACUGUGUGAAGUGUGAACUUUUUGGUGCAUUAGCAUUUAAAGCUGAAGAAAGAUGAAAUGUUCAUGGCCCAUGUGUGUUUCCCUCAUUUGUUGCCUGAAAAUCUCUAUCAGUGGAAGGAAAAGAUGGGAGGCCUCUGAUAGGGAUGGUGAGCAAAAGAAGCAGAGGCAAGCUUCUGGUACUUAUAUUAAUUGAGUAAUUUCUUGUUAUAAAGUUUUUAAUUAUGUGCUGCUUGUUGUGUAUGGAUGGUGAAUAGGAAGUAUAGGAAAUUUUGUCAGUUUCAAGUUUCAAAUUGUUAUAAGGAAAGGUGAUUUUAAAAAAUGUAGGUAUGAAAAGAAAUAUAUUGUUCAGCUUUUGAGUGAA